UUCCAAAGUUCCUAUGACAGUCCAUGGGAGUGUCGCAACUCUGUUUUUCAACGGCUCUGGGAUCUACAGUAUAUAAUGUUGCAUGAACUUUAACUUUGAAAUAUUUUAAACCUCGUAUUUUCUAUAAGAUAUAGUGCUGAGAAAACACGGAGGAACUUUGUGCUUCGCGAGUUACCCAUCGUGUGUUGGUAGAGGCGUGUACCACAGAUUGCUUUGCCGAUUGAGAAACGUGAUUGGUAAACGGUUUGCCAAAAUAUACCCUGACCUUUCUGGAAUAUAUUUGCUGUUUGCAGAAGAGCAAUGAGCUGCCAACACAGUCUCUUAUUUCUGUUCCUCUCUGGCUUCAUUACUGCAAUCACUGCUGCAGAGACAUGUAAAACAGAAUUACUCGAGGGAACGUCCUGCACCCUUCAGCUGCCAACAAAAUACACUGAGACAUCUAAUGAGAUCAAAUGGAUCCAUCUCUCUAGUGAUGCUGUGGUUCACAGGAAAGGUGGGACGAUGAGGAAACCCAUUCCAGGUCUAACAAUGGAAGAAGAUGGAUCAUUAACAUUUGAAAGUGUUAGUCUGAAGAACAGCGGCAGAUAUACAUACACUGUUUUUAAUGCUGAAGGUACACAGAUUGAUGCUGGAGAAAAGGAAAUUAAGGUUUAUGCAAAGGCUCUUAAACCUACUGUGAAGAUCUACUGUGAAAAUGGGAUCACUACACUCACCUGUGACUUUGGAGACCGAACAGAUCUGACUGUAUCCUGGUAUAAAGAAAACAGUGAACUUUCAGAUAAAAAAGACCCAAAACUGCUCUUGACGCCUGCUCAAGCAAAGGAGAAUAAAACGUACUCCUGCAGUGUGAGCAAUCCUGUCAGCAAAGAGAAAAGUGACAGCAUUACAGUAUCAUGCGACCCAGUUCCUCGUACAUUAUUUGGUUUUGAUUUCUGGGUAAUGGUGAGCAUUUUAGCAGGUUCAGGAGCCCUUCUUCUUCUGCUGCUAUGUGUUCUCAUCAUCUGUGCAUGUCGAAGCUGUAGCCAAAGCAAGAAGCACCAAAAAGAUGAGAAGGAGUUCAGACUGAAGAAUCUUCAAGCUCCAGCUUCAGGUGUUCAUACUUCUAUAAUCUAAGCUCUGCGGACCCAGAUACGGGUCCAAAAUCGCCUUAAAAAUGUUUAUAAUUCAUUUACAUAGCCUUCCUUAUAUGGUAUCAGCCCCUUAUAUGGGUUUAUUUGAAAGCUUAGAGUCUCUAAGAACUGCUUAGAACAGUAUUCGUCCCACAUGUGAAUUUCCACAAAUUUAUUUUUCACAAAAUAGUCAAGUUAUUUAUCACAAGAAAGCUGUCAGAAAUUCUCAGGAAUUUGACAGAUCAAAGAUCUAAUUUGAUCACAGAUCAAAUGGUUAGAUUAUGAUCUCUUCUUUCAAACGAGACCAUUUUCACAUUUCUGCACGCUUCCAUUGCUGAGAUAUAUGGCAUUUUGUCCAGACACACACCAGGGGAAAAAAAGAGACACAUUUUUUGCUCUUACUUUUUACAACUCAGUGCUGCCCAGUGGUAUGUAGAUUACAUCAGAUUACAUGUCACUAAUAGCAAUCUUUGAAUGUGGCUAUGAAUAUUUGGCAUAUGGCCAAACAUAAAAAUUUAAUGGAUUUAAAGGUUGCACUUUAUUUUACAGUAAGUGUACAUACAUGUACUUAUAGUGUACUUACAGUGUAUUUAUCUAAGAAAGUUUUGGUAAUACAUGGUAACUACAUUGGGUAGGGUUAGGUUUAGGGGUAGGUUCAGGGUUAGUACCUAGUUAUUACCUAGUUAUUGUAAUUACUAUAAUAAGUACAUAAUAUGUAUAUGAGGAACAGGACUGUAAAAUAAAGUGCUACCAAUUUAAACAUUUGUUUAAUUACACUGUAAAUACCUCUGCAGAUAUUUACAGUCAUGUUCCCCAUGUACAUACUAUGUACUUAUUAUAGUAAUUACAAUGACUAUGUAAUAACUAGGUACUAAACCUGAACCUACCCAUAAAUCUAACCCUUCCCCAUGUAGUUACCUUGUAUUACCAGAACUUUAUUAGAUCAAGUACAUGUAAGUUCACAUGCUGUAAAAUAAAGUGCAACCGAUAUUUGUUAUGUCCAUAUUAUGUAUAGGAAUAUUACAUAGGUGUUGUUCAAUAAAACCAUGUAAUUAUUUGUUUUUUAUAUUUUAUUUGUACCAAUUACUUUUGCCUCAUCGUUAGUUUAUUUAAAAAAUCAAUACUAAAGUCUGGUUUUCACUUAGAUCUAUUUGUGUUACUAAAAAUAUCAGAUUACUCAGUUAUCAAAAUAAUCAGUAGAUUACUUGAUUACCAAAAUAAUCAUUAGU